GCUUUAAGUAUACUGCACAAGUUGCAUAACUCAAGCUUAUAUUACAACUUUUUUUUCCAUUUUUAAAAUACAAUAAUGACUAAGUGCAAUGAGAAGAUGUGCAGUGCAAUGUUUAGUAUUAAAUUGUAGAAUUAAGCUGCAACUGAUGAUUUGUUAGAACUGCACUUUAUAAAGCAACACUGUUUAUCACCUGGUCAAUGUUAUGGUACACAAAGUAAGUGAGGGUAUUAUUAGAACUUGCAUGUUGUCAUGUCUCUCCGUUCAUUCAAUCCAAAUUUCAUUUUCUGUCCAUAUCUGUGUCAAUCAUGGUUUGAUUUGAAAGUUUUUUGGCAGAAAUGACCAUCAUAGUAUAAGGAUGUGUGUGCACAUGACUCAUGUCCUUCAAGGUCAAGGUCAUAGCAACCUUUUGAACUUUAAGCUAAUUUUGUUAUAAAAGGCCUUACUGAUGAUGUGUCCAGUCCAUAUCUUUCUCAUGUAUGGUUGGUUUUUUAAAUAUUUUGGCAGAAUUGACCACAAUGAUAUGGGGAAGUGCCUUGAUUUCAUAAAAUGUUCCAUUCAGGCAGUUUUCCUGACACUUGGGCAUACGGCAUUUAUCAUAUUCUGUGAUAGCUCUAGUUUGAUUUCAAUUUCAGAUCCAGAAAGCAUCAUCUAAGGAGGAGUAUAUGGAGGCAGCCAUAGAAACAAUUGAUUUGUUAGAAAGAUCAGGCUUCAACAAACCUCUAACACAAGAUUCCUCUCAAUCAGCAGUCUACACAGUUAAAGAGUACCACAUUUUCUACAGGUGCUUUGGCCAUAUUAGACAGUUCAUGGAUGGGCUGAAACUGCAUGGAGUUCUGGAUAUAAUGAGACUUCAUCAACAGGAGGCAACACAGUUUCUGGGCGAAGCUACAGCUUUAACUGCAGAAGUGGUGAACAACUUUUACAGUUUCAGCUUUUCUGACAAAGGGGAUCCAAACCGGGAAACGGAAGAGGCAAUUGUAUACAACUUUCGCCGUUUCAUAUGUCAAGUUGAGAAAGGCCGGAUCAGCUCAACUGUAAUAAACAUUUCCACAAAAACUGCUGAGGAAGACAGCAUUCACGUUACCCUUGAGCUGGUGUUGCAAGCCUUUGUUGGUUGUCCAGGAUUACCAAGAGACAUUUCAUCUGGACUAAUAGAGUUCAAUCAUAACAGUUCAGCUUUGAGCCAUGUCAACACUUGUGCCCCUAGUAAAACAUUUCAAAAUACAUCAAAACUUUGAUUUUGAGCGGACAAUGCUGGAUAUCAUUUUUGGAUGUGAAGGCUUUGGCCAAGAGUAAUGAUCAACUAUUAAAGUUAAUUGUUACUGAACCAGAAGUAUUUUUAUGUUAUCGAAGUGAGAGCAUUUAGUCUCCGCUUUGUCUGUCUGUCCUUUAAAACUACUGAUGGUGAUUGAAUUAAAACUUGAUACAUAGAAAGAUGACAAUGAGAGGAAGAGCACUGCACAAGAACCAUAAUCCUAUCAUGCAUAUAUGUAUUAAGUUAUCUCCACUUAACAAUUUCUUUCAUAAUUGGUGCUUGUUUGGGCCUUACCAUUGAAAAAAGUUUAGGUUAUUGAAAUAAAACUUGAAAUAUAGACAGAUGGCAGGAAAGGCAGUAAACAAGAACCAUAACCUCCCAUUCUUUUUUAUAAUGGUUGCUUGUCUUAAAGUUAUCAAGGGAUUGCAAUCAAAGAAACUUGUAGAUAGAUGGAGAUAAGAGGAAGUACAGUUCCCAAGAAUGAAAUCCUAUCCUGCAUAUUUAUUAAGUUAUCUCCCCUUUUGUUUCUACAUACUUGGUGCUUGUUCGGCAAUAUUAUGGAAUGUUAUGAAGGGAUUCAAAUGAAACUUGGUAUAUAGUUAGGUAGCAAUGACAUAAUGAAACAUUUGAAGAUCAAUAUCAGGUCAUCAUGCCAAUUCCCUUUAAAAUUAAUUUUCAAGCCUGCCCAUAUCUUAUCAGGUUAUGGUUUAUUUUCAACUUGUGUAUAAUAAUUAGGGAUGCAAACGAAUGGCAAAAUUGAUAUUCGAAUAUUCGUUAAUUCUUUCGAUCGAAUAUUCGAUUACCAAUAUGAAUGUAUAAGAAGUGUAGUAAGCUACUGUUAUUGUUUGCUUUAGUAAUAGCCGGGGCAUUUUAACCCUUCUUCGUCGUAGUCGGUAUACGCGACGGACCUGAUUUUUGCAAACAUUAGCAAUGAAAUUCCCCAUUUACAAAAAAAUCUAACAAAAGCAAUAGCUUUUAAACAAAUUAAAACGAAAAUUUCUAUUCCACUGAAAAAGGCGAAGAUCGUAAAUUCCUGGUUGAAUGUCAUGAUGCACCAAACGGGUCGUUCUACAGGCCGAGCGGCCUCGUUCUGGGAUUGACAUCUACUAAAUAUAACUAUGGAAAAACCAAACCUACUCGGAAAUAAGAUAAAUAAUAUAACGAAAAUAACCCUGAAUUUUGUCUCAUCUAUUGUACAACGAUUACCUAAUUUGCUAUUCUAUACAGUUACAUUUCAAAGCACGAACGUUAUAUCGAAACAUGGAAAACAGCAAAUAACUAGCACAUGUCAUCCAUAUCAUUAAGGCGAUUUCAGCAAUAUUGCACAGCUAAAUUGGCAGUCAUGACACCACUUUAGUUGCCGA